AUGCUACCGUAUCGGGACCGGGUCAUGAAAAUUGCCCUUGGAACAGCGAGCCCCGACAGAAGUGUCUGCCUUGAGUGGAUGCUUCACGAUACUGUCAUGGCCAUGCGAAGUGUGGAUGAGGUUCUGGCAAAUGAUGUUACCCAGGGAUUUUGUCAACUUCUGCAGGCCCAGACAUCUCAGGAGAGGACCACUAUCAAAACUCUCGGAUCAUACCUCAAAUCCAGGGAGAUAGAUAUGGGCAGAACACUCUACACAGCUCUCAUUAGAUUCGGUGCCAAGCUAGAUCUCACUACCGUUGAACUCGAAAAGACCGCCGCGCUAGAAAGCACCGCAUUUCGGCACGUCGGUGUAAUGAAUGAUAUAUAUAGCUGGGAGCGAGAAUGGAAUGUAUACCAGGCAAACUUAGCCGAUGGGGCCCAGCCAUUCUCCGCCAUCUACAUUCUUGCCAACGAGACAGGACUACCAUAUGCAGCCUGCAAGCGAUUGAUGUAUAGCUACUGUCGUGAAUUGGAGCUCGCUCUCAAGCAAUCCACAGAUGAAAUUCGACACAACAGCAUGGACAGCUUGACACAUAAACUCGAGAUGUACAUCAAAGGUCUGGAAUACUUUAUGUGCGGCAUCGAGUUAUGGAUCGUCAUGGCACUAAACAUACCCAAGGAGAAUAUUGAGAAGCCAGUCCUGCCCACCAACAGCGAGCCACCAGACAGCAUUCAUGAGAAUGCGGAAGCAGCCGAUAAAGGCUCGAAAAGCCGAAUCAAGAAUCCAAGCAUCGGACUGGACUCGGGACAAGCGCCAGGAUACUGGGCACGGCGAAUCAACGCGCGCCCUUGGUCGAAAGGAAUCCAUGAUUAUGCGACACGAGGAACCCUGCUCAACAACAUGACACAAAUGAAACAUCUCAGAGAGCCUGUCCUUCGCAUUUCCAAGACUUGGAAUGGCAAUCAGCUUGAUGCUAUUAUCUGCUACAAGAAACCCAACAUUGAGGCAAUUCACGCGCAGGUAGUGGGGCCCGAGCUUGAUGAUAAAGAAUGCUGCAGUAGCUGCAGAAAAGGACACGGCCCCUUCUUGGCCUGUGUCAAGGUCCCCAAAUCUCCAGACGAACCACAAGUUUGCGCAAAUUGCCAGUUCGGAGUACAGGACAAACGUUGUGAUUUAAGCAAGCUUCAGCCAAAGCAAGAGAUUGGUGCAGACGAGGAAAACCCCGGAAAGCCCAGCACAUCCAAUGAGCCGAAUAUUUAUAAGACUAUCGAAGCACAAAAGGAGGUACUGGAAACACAACUUCCACAGGCAACAGUGAACUCUCCUACCCAGACUGUGCAAGGAUUACCAGAGGGACAGAAACUUCUCAUGAUCACGUAUUUUCAACGUCAACUUAGACACUUCGAUGCCAAUAUCAUAUCUCUCGCCACAUUGCUUAAUGACAUGAAGAUACAGCGGGAGGUAGCUGCGAGAAUACUCGAGGACCUGAAGGGAACGGGGACAAAGGACCGAGCUGGGUGA